AUCCAUGUUUCGUUAUUUCCGUCCUUUCAGUACUUUCACUUUGACCAGCCACAGAACCUGCUGGGAUCCCACUGAAUCCCUCAAUCUAAGCCACCCGGUCCUUGUUUUGCUUGAAAAGUGCAGAACAAGGGAUCACUUCAAACAAAUUCUGGCACAGAUGAUGAGGGUUCAUCUCACUACCCAUACGUUUCCCAUGAGCAGGCUCAUAUAUUUUUCAGCCAUCUCAUACCCUGAGAAUUUAGACAUGGCCAUCCUCCUCUUUAAUCGUUAUACUCGGCCUAAUCUGUACAUUUACAAUACCAUGAUCUCUGCUUUGUCCUUAUCAAACCAAUCAUUUUUACUCUACAACUCCAUGCUCCAAUCGUACAUUUAUCCAGAUAAACACACUUUUCUUUAUCUUCUCAAAGCUUCCAAAUGCUUAUCAGAGGUCAAACAGACUCACAGCCAUGCUAUUGUCACAGGCUUUGUAUCCUACAGUUAUUUUCAGAACUCCCUGAUGAAGAUGUAUUUGGAGUAUGGACAAAUGAGUCUUGCACGUCUAGUGUUUCAACAGAUGUCCAUAGGAGAUGCCGUUCCAUACAAUGUCAUGAUUCUUGGACUUGCCAGGAAGGGACACAGCUUAGAAGUAUUGCAAUUGUUCCAUGACAUGGUUGGUUCUAGUCUUGACCCAGAUGAGUUUACCAUGGUAGCUCUUCUCAUGUGCUGUGGACAGUUGGGAAACAUGCUUUUGGGUAAGUCAGUUCAUGCAUGGAUCGAAAGAAGACAGUUAUUCAGUGCUUGCAAUUUGAUUUUGGGUAAUGCUCUUCUUGAUAUGUAUGUGAAAUGUGAGGAGAUGAAGAUUGCUCGCAGGGUUUUUGAUCAAUUUGUGGACAAGGACAUCAUUUCAUGGAACACCAUGAUUGCUGGUUAUGCUAAAAUUGGAGAAAUGGAACUUUCCUCAACUUUUUUUGAUCUAAUGCCUAGCAAGGACCUUGUUUCUUGGAAUUCUCUAAUUGAAGGAUAUAGAGAGAGGGGUGAUUGUUCUUCUGUCAUGAACAUAUUCAAUCAGAUGCUCAUUGAGAAUGUUUGUCCUGACAAGGUAACAGUUAUUAGCGUGGUUCGUGCUGCAGCAGAGUCUGGAACUCUGGACCAAGGGAGAUGGAUACAUGGGUGGGUUGUUAGAAAUGGAAUGGAGUUAGAUGCAUUUUUGGGCUCAGCAUUGAUUGACAUGUACUGUAAAUGUGGGAACAUUGAAAGGGCUCUCAUUGUUUUCGAGAUGGCCACUGAAAGAGAUGUUACAUUGUGGACAGCCAUGAUCUCUGGGUUUGCCUUCCAUGGCCAUGGAGGCAAAGCUUUGGAAUUGUUCUGGGAGAUGCAGAAAGAACUUAGGCCAAAUGAGGUAACUUUUGUUGCUGUCCUUACUGCAUGUAGUCACUGCGGGAUGGUAGAGCCAGGGCUUGAAAUCUUUAACAGUAUGAAGAAAAAUUACGGUAUUGAACCCGGUGUUGAGCACUAUGGGUGUCUGGUGGAUCUUUUAGGAAGAGCAGGGCGGCUAGCAGAUGCAAAAGAUGUGAUUGAGAAGAUGCCAAUUAAACCGAGUGGAUCAGUCUGGGGGGCAAUGCUGAGUGCUUGUAAGGCUUAUGGGGAUGUAGAGCUGGCAGAGACUGCCUUGAUGGAGCUGCUGAAAUUAGAGCCAGAGAAAGAGGGUGGUUAUGUUCUUUUGUCCAACAUAUAUGCAGCUUUUGGGAGGUGGACCUUUUCAGACAAGAUCAGAGAAAUCAUGGGAACCCGAGGGGUCAAGAAAACAGCUGGUUGCAGUAGUUUGGUUGUAAAUGGAAUUGUUCACAGAUUUAUAGCCGAGGAUAAGCAGCAUCCGAGAUGGAUAGAGAUCCAUGCUAUAUUGCUUUGUUUGAGACGUGAGAUGAAGUCCGAGCCCACUGUUUCAUCAGAGUACAUGCAAGAGUCUUAUUUGAACUGAGGAUUGCUGCAGUCUCAUCGGAAAAUCUAUUGUCAAAGCUCGCCUUUGUCAGAGGUGCCUUCAUAGCUACUGCGCUUGAAAGCCAAAUGCAAAUGCAACAGAAAACACUGGUCUCCGACCACUCAUGACUCACCAUAUGGUCCAAAACUGUGCCUGACAAAUUCCUUCAAACAAAACCAAGUUCAGGUGAUUGGCCAAUUUGCAGUCAAAACUCAUUGUGGUAUUCUAGCCAUCUCCAGUCAUGGAAGCACUCAUCUCAUCUCAGGCAGAUCCCCAAUUCCAGUGUGGUCAUCAGCAGCACAAUAAUGUGAAGUUAUGCUAAUCCACUUCUUUGAGCCAGUUGAUCACCAUAGUCCUAUAUGUUUGGGCAAAAUGGGAGCAUGCCUUCAACUGUCACAGCAGGGAGGCUAUUACCUGGUUGGAUCAUUCGGGCCAGUCUGAGCAGGAUGGUUAUUGCAUGAUGCUCUCAUUGGCCUAUAGUCAGCUUGAAAAUGCAAAAGCCACCCAUCAUCACCAUUUAAGAAGAGUACUAGUGUGCUGAGAAGGAUCAUUCAUUGUCAUGUGCAGAGGUAUUACAAGGCCUUUGCACUUUUUUAAAGCAUGCAAGUGGAGGCAAUCAAUCGAAGAUCAGGGACUUGAGUGGUAGGGUUGUUGGUUGGUGGUGGGCAGUCUCAGGUUCACGGCUCCAUGCUAAAGUAGUGAUGUUUUUCAAGAUGGUUGUGGUUCUGAUGGUGGCAAAUGAGUAUGGUAGAUUCAGAGAAAGAGGUAGUUGGGAUUGAAUGGGUGCAUAGAUAGAAGCGUGAGUGAUGUUGGUUCAACAAGAUGGAUGUGUUUGUUUGCACUGCUUUCAUAGAAUAGUGCUGAAAGUCGAUGGUUUGGCCGAAAACAUUAGGAGUGCUUUUGGCCGUUUGGUGAUGACCCAUGCAAAAAUGAUUUAUAAUAAAAUAAGGAGAGGUUUCUUGAGCAAAGUGGGGAUAGGGGAUCCCACUAAUGGGUUGUGGCAAAAAGGUAUCGAUCAUAGAAGGGCAGUCGAGUUAUUUCACAUGAGGAUGAGGGAGAUAAACAUAGAGGUGCUUGUGUACCCUAUCCCUAGUGGCCCAGAGCCUUUUCCCAUAAAAUAAUAAGCAAAAUGUGUCGUUUUCAUCCAAA